ACGUGUACGGCGGAAGUGGAAUCUGCCCGGCGCACUUCCUUGACACGCAUCAACCGGUCAUUGAGCCAGCUUUGUACCGACUCCCAGGGGUCGAUGGUCAUUCAUUGAGUGCAACUAUCGCUUAUCUGGACGGUUUAUGAUUGUGGGCUUGCUGCACAGGCUGUCGGAGAAGCUCCCACGCGUUGUGCACAGGAUUAGUGUGAUGAUGAAGCCGCAGGUUGUGUUUGUUUUGGGCGGGCCUGGCGCGGGGAAAGGGACACAAUGCGCGAGAAUCGUGGAGAACUACAGCUACACUCACCUGUCUGCUGGAGACCUCCUGAGAGAGGAGCGCAGCCGCAAGGGCUCGGAGUUUGGUCAGCUCAUUGACAACUACAUCAAAGAGGGCAAGAUAGUUCCUGUAGAAAUCACCAUCAACUUACUGAAAAAGGCAAUGGAAGAAACUAUGAAAGUUGAUGAAAAGAAGUUUCGCUUUCUUAUUGAUGGUUUUCCACGUAACCAAGACAACCUACAGGGGUGGAACACUGUCAUGGACGGGAAGGCAGAUGUCAAGUUUGUUCUUUUCUUUGACUGCGGUAAUGAGGUGUGCAUUGACAGAUGUUUAGAGCGGGGAAAGAGCAGCGGACGCACUGAUGACAACAGAGAAAGUCUAGAGAAGAGGAUCCAGACGUACCUCCAGUCCACACGGCCCAUUAUAGAGCAGUACGAGAAGCAAGGGAAAGUGCGCACGAUUGAUGCCUCCCGGUCGGUGGAUGAGGUGUUUGCAGAUGUGAAGAACAUUCUGGAUAAAGAAGGCUAAACAUGUCCAGUGCAAAAAUCCAAAUUCUUGAAAAUUAAGGUGUCUGUUUAUUGAUGUCAGCAGUGCUAUGCUUUCUUCAUGUAUCUAUAUAAAUUUUUACUCAUUCUCCAGUAAAAUAGGGUUUUUUAGAUAUGAGAGGGUGUGUGCUUAUAUCUGUGUUUGUAAGUCUGAAAGGAAAACACUUAGUUGUUGGGCAAACAAUACAUAUUUACUCAAUAUUACACUAAAGAUGAACAAUAUUUCAGUAGAGAAUCAAGCAAGCUCGAACAAUAACGUUCAGGGCACUUCUAUAGGAACACAAUACGCAUUUGCUCUUAACUUGAAGAUCAUCUUCCUUAUGCUUAGAAACAUCUACCCUUCAGUGUAUAACACACAAUAUAGAAAUAAGCCAAGAGUAGGUUGUAAAUUGCUUCUGCACUUAACUAUUUCAUUCUACAAGCAAAUGAGCGAUUAUUAGUGACCAAUAGGAAGUAAGUAUUUUAGUAGAUUUCAAGACCUGUUUGUGUUAUAUUUGGUGACAUUUUUAUCAUUGUUUUGUAUAGUAAUCCACAGCAGGUUCUGAGAACAUAUUGCUGGCUACUUAAGAAUAGAGAACUCCGUUUUAGCUGUACAUUUUUCUUUUAUCAUAUUGUGGCUGCUGUAUUCCAAACACAUGCCAUCUUUGCUCAGGCAGUAGAUUUUAAGAUGUGGGGAACGUGUGCUCAUGUUUUUAUUUGAUUGUCUCAGCGCCUUUGGGGUCGUUCAUGAAUAAACUGAAUUUGUCAUAUUGA